AUGGCGACAGAGUCGAGCGGGUUGGGGUUCACGCUAACUUUAUUCGUCUUUUCCUGCGUUUUAGCGGGCAGGCAAGCCGAGGCGGGAAAUUCGGAGUCGGGUAGUGGCGUUCGGAUACUCGGCAUGAGGCUGGAGAGGAGUGACAAACCGGCCAUGACCACUCGGGACGGGGUUAUUCAGGUGACCGAGGGUAGCAACACCUCCUUCAGGAUCUACGGGCUCCGGCUGCUCCCGGAGAGCUCGGCGCUUAUCAGGUUCACGGAACUCUACUCCAGUGACAAAGAGGAUGAGACCGACGGCGAUAGCGAGCAACCCUUUAAUAGAACUUGCGCCGAGCACACGAAGGAUAUAUUAGUGAUAGGGACCAUGAGUGUCAACACCGAGCGUACCUCCGGGGUGGUGGACCUCAGGAUCAAGCAGCUCCGCAAGAGUGAGGCGUUCAAGGUGUUCGGUCUGUGCGUGCGUGACAAUCACGAAACGGACAAGUGGUACUUGCUGGACGAGAACGACGGCAAACUGCGGGUGGAGGAGGAGAAGAAGUCCCUCCUCCCCAUCUGGCUGCAGGUGAUCCUGAUCUCCUUUCUGCUGGUGCUGUCGGGUAUGUUCAGUGGGCUCAACCUGGGGCUGAUGGCUCUGGAUCCCAUGGAGCUCCGUAUCGUGCAGAACUGUGGCACUGAGAAGGAGAAGAAGUACGCGAGGAAGAUCGAGCCCAUCCGCAGGAAGGGAAACUACCUGCUGUGCUCGUUGCUCCUUGGAAACGUCCUGGUCAACACCACCCUAACCAUCCUCUUGGAUGACCUCAUAGGGUCCGGGUUAGGGGCUGUGGUUGCUUCCACCAUCGGGAUUGUUAUUUUUGGUGAGAUUGUCCCCCAGGCGUUGUGCUCUCGCCAUGGUCUGGCUGUCGGGGCAAACACCAUCCUCCUGACCAAGCUGUUCAUGCUUUUAACUUUUCCUCUGUCAUGGCCCAUCAGUAAGCUCCUGGACUUUGUGUUGGGCCAGGAGAUUGGCACUGUGUACAACAGGGAGAAGUUAGUGGAGAUGCUGAAAGUCACAGAGCCAUACAAUGAUCUUGUGAAAGAGGAACUCAACAUGAUCCAAGGUGCGCUUGAGCUUAGGACCAAAACGGUGGAGGAUGUCAUGACACUGCUUAGCAACUGUUUCAUGAUCCACAGUGAUGCUGUGUUGGACUUCAACACUAUGUCUGAGAUCAUGGAGAGUGGGUAUACGAGGAUACCGGUGUAUGAGGAAGAGCGGUCCAACAUUGUGGACAUCCUGUAUGUCAAGGAUCUGGCCUUUGUUGAUCCAGAUGACUGCACCACCCUCAAGACCAUCACAAAGUUCUAUAACCACCCAGUCCACUUUGUAUUUCAUGACACCAAGUUGGACUCCAUGCUGGAGGAGUUCAAGAAAGGCAAAUCCCAUCUGGCAAUUGUCCAGAAGGUGAACAACGAGGGUGAAGGAGAUCCUUUCUACGAGGUGUUGGGAUUGGUUACGCUUGAAGAUGUAAUUGAAGAAAUUAUUAAAUCGGAGAUCCUGGAUGAAUCAGACCUUUAUACUGAUAACCGCACCAGGAAAAAGGUGGCACCAAAUAAGAAUAAGAGAGAUUUUUCAGCCUUUAAGCAUGAGGGCGAAUCUAAAGUGAAGGUCUCUCCUCAGCUGCUGCUAGCCGCUCAUCGCUUCCUGGCUACAGAGGUGAGUUUGUUCAGUCCAUCUCAGAUGUCAGAAAAGGUGCUACUACGAAUCCUGCGGCAUCAUGAUGUCAUCCAGGAAAUCAAAUUUAAUGAAAGUGACAAGCGCUCACACCAUCACUACGUCUACCAGAGGGGAAAACCCGCUGACUACUUCGUCCUCAUCUUGCAGGGGCGGGUUGAGGUUGAGGCUGGCAACGAGAACAUGAAGUUUGAGACGGGACCUUUCUCUUUUUAUGGCGUCAUGGCGCUCAGUGCUCCCACGCUGGUGGCUGCACCUCAUCCUCGCCUCCUCUCCUUUAAGAGGUUUUCUCUGUUCUCUCGGUUGCCAGAGUUUAGGUCUCCAUCCCAUCUGAGUGGGUUGAACCGUACCACCUCUAUGAGCGGGGCGGACCGGAUGGAGUCGAUCUCGGUCAGCGGCAGCAGCAGCCAGCUCAACAGCAGCAUCUCGUCACCGCAAUACACACCCGAUUUCUACGUGCGAGCUCUCGCUGACCUGCAGUUUGUCAAGAUCACACGGGCCCAGUACCAGAACGGCUUGAUAGCGUCUCGUCUGGACAGCACGCCCCAGUCCCCCGAGAGUGGACACAACUCUACCAAUGUGGCGCAAAAUACACCCCCCACUGUCACCACCAUUACAGAUCUGGCCACUGACUCCACCUCCACAGAGAAUGGGCCGGACGAGACGACGCUUCUCCUCAACGAGCAGAAUGCAGCCAACCAUCACAACCAGUUAGAAAACAGCGUUUGACCGCUACCCUCCUCUAUCUGCUAAGACAUGCUACACUACACUACUGCACUCAGAUAUGUGCUGAGUGCGUGCGUGCGUGUUUGUGUGUGUGUGUGUAUGUGUGUGUGUGUGUGUGUGUGUGCGUGCACGCGCACGCAUCACCCAAAGAGACAAGCUAUGUGUGCAUGCAAGGAUUCAACAAACACAUGCACGCAGGCAGACAUGCCAAAGUGUAUUGUGACAAACUUGCUCUACCCACUUCCCUGUCACAGCCAGUGGUGACGGCGUCAGUGAAGAAUCAUCCUGUGACUGUUGACUGACAACUGUUGUGUGGGUGCAUGUGCACAGACUUUAAUGUGUUGGUGUCAAGAAAAAUUUCUGGACCAGUAGCCCCUCCCUCUCUCGACCAUCAGUUUUCUCAAAAAAGCAUUCUGGGGAAUUAUAAAUUUGAAAGUUCUUUGCUGUGGGUGUGUGUGUCAUAGAGACUCAGGGAGACUCCGCCUUCCUAUCCUUAAUUUGCACCCAUGUUAAGUGUAGUAGGCAGCUGCACUUUGCUCACCAAACCAAUCGCCGCUGCUGCCAUUUCUGCACCUGUUUCAUCCGUACAGCUGGAAGACAAAGAGGACCCAGGCAUGUCAGCAGCAUUCAAAGCUAAAAAUCUGGAGUGACAGAAAGUAUUUAUUGAAAAAUGCCAUGUCAUUACAGUUUUUUGUUUUUGUUUUUUUUUAAACCUACAUAAUAGAAGUAGAAGGUAUUCCAGAGUGUUUAUAUGAUGAGAAUAAUCACUGACUGGCAGCCGUCUGUAUUGUGAUUGCGACAAUCGUGAUGUGUGUUUCUGAUGUACGCUGUAGAUCUUUUUCUUACCCGUGUGCCGUCGACUUUAUUGUCACAGUGCGUCUGCUGAUCUGAAAAGACACGAUGGUCCAUUUUGAAUGUGUGAAACCAAAUCAAAUCGCUCAGAAAGCAGACGACAGCUGUAAUGUUCAACGUUUCAGAGCACUAGGACAAAGUCUCAGCGGGACACAGUGAGUCCUUAUUGACUUUUAGGGCUCACAAUUUGGGGUCUGUAUUUUCACCCACAUGUAAUCUGUGUGCGUGUGUGCAUGUGACCCACAUGCAUUCAUCAGACUUGAUCACUUCCUGACUAGAAAAUAUUUUAAGAAAUCUGAGAGUUUAUUUAUUUUUGCAUAUUGUUCAAUGUGUCUGUGUGUAUAUAUAUCUAUACACACUUUUUUUAUUGGAUGGUGAGGAAUUUUUUUUUUCGCACUCUUGUGGUGGUUGUAUCCUUUAUUAAUUUGAUUAGGUGGGGUCGGGAGGGAGGUUGGGGGGUAUGGCACAGUGAAACUUUAUAUAUAUAUAUGUGUGUUUUUCCCCCUUGGUGCUGCUUGGUUGUUUUCUUUCGCCAAACACACUCUUCACUUUAAGCAUCAGUCCCAAAUUUUUAUGGGAAACAGUUGUGACCGUCACAGUUGUUUGUCCCAUAGAGCUGCACACACAAAGGCACUCCAUUGUUGUUUUUAACUGCACCCUUUGAUGGUUUUUUAAUAUAAAAUAUAAAAUAUUGAAAGAA